CACUGAUAGGUGGCACUGACUGGCAUUGAUAGGUGGCACUGACCGGCACUGAUGCGUGACAGUGAAAGGCAGCUCAGAUGGGCACUGAUAUGUGGCAUUGAUGUGCACUAGUAGGCACUGAAAUGUGGCAUUGAUGUGGCACUGAUGGGCACUGGCAGGUGGCAUGGAUGAGCACUGACAGCUGGCACUGAUGGACACUGACAGGUGGCACUGCUGGGGCUACAGAGAUCAUCAGGGCACACUGAUCAUCACUGUCAGCGUGACAGCUCGUGAGGAGAGAAAUGCAGAUAACCGGCAUUUCCCUAUUUACAUGCUAUCA